AUGCCCAUGGCUGGAGUGACCCAGAUGCACGACGGAAGCCUCUUACUGCAAGGUCACCUCAACCUGUCUGACCCCUGCAACAUGGAGUGCCACUGCCUGCGUGAGACCUACAAUCCGGUGUGUGGGAACGACGGCAUAACAUAUUACUCAGCCUGCCACGCUGGUUGCAAAAAAGCCUCAAUAAAUCACGACAGUCGGGAAAAGGUUUAUCAUGAAUGCAGCUGCAUUGUUGGCCCCAACGCUCCGGUCUCUGGCUUGGCUACGGCAGGGAAGUGUACAUCUUCAUGUGAAAGAAAGACUCUUCUUUUGAUUUUCAUGUUUGUUAUCAUUCUCUUCACAUUCCUAAGUAGCAUUCCUGCGUUGACAGCUACAUUGCGGUGUGUUUCCGACAGACAGCGAUCAUUUGCACUAGGAAUCCAAUGGAUUGUUGUGAGAACACUAGGGAGCAUCCCGGGCCCCAUUGCUUUUGGGUCAAUGAUUGACAAGUCAU